AUUUCUCAACCGUGAUCUCAGUCAUCUCGGCUCCACCCAUCCCGUAGUUCCGUCUCGGACCGCUGGCCUGAAGCGUCAUACGAUUAUUUUCCGCACCAGCGCACUCAGCGCCGCAAACCCAUCAUAAAGCAACCGCGGGGCCUUCUCGAACAUUACACGUUAGCUAUUCUGAUAUUCGCAUAUCUUCGCGCAGCCACCACACCGUCACAUCCCUUUGCUAUAGCACUCGCGAGUCGCCAGGCAAGAUGAAGGUCAUCAGCAAGGAAGAGGAGCAGGAGCACUACGGCCAGGUGCUCCGCGGCGGUUUCAUCGGCGGCAGCGCGGGGCUGGCGCUCGGCCUAGCUGGUGUAUUGGGCGCGUCGCGGAGGUACGCAGCCUUCCGGUCGCUCACGCUCCCGUUCCGGACGUUCCUGGUCUCGUCCGCCGGCACGUUCGGCGCCAUCGUUGUCGCCGAGCGGUACAGCAUCGCCUACCAGCGGUCACGCGACCAGAUGAACAACUACCUCGAGGCGGCACACCGCCAGCACGAGCAGGCCCGGCGUGCCGGCAAGACCGAGUGGCAACGCAUGAUGGACUGGGGCCGCGAGCACCGCUACAGCAUCGUCUUCGCCAGCUGGCUUGCCUCGAUGGGCAUCGCGCUGGCCAUGGUCGGGCGCAACAAGUACCUGAGCACCAGCCAAAAGGUUGUCCAGGCGCGUGUGUAUGCGCAGGGCCUGACGCUCGCCGUGUUGAUCGCCACUGCUGCCUUCGAGACUGCCGAUGCCAAGGCCGGAAAGGGUCGGUGGGAGACCGUGAUGGUGGUCGACCCGAACGAUCCAACCCACCAGCACCUGAUCGAGAAGAAGAUCCACAAGGAAGAGUACGAGGGCCAGGACCUCUGGAAGGAGAUGGUCGCCGCCGAGGAGAGGCGUCUGCAGGAAAAGAAGCAGCGGGAGGCCCAGACAGCCAAGGCUGAAUAGGCGAACGGAAGCUUUGCUGACUUCAACCAUGUCGGGAACUUGUGGAUAGGGAAUUCCUGAGAGGCAGGGCCCCUGCAUUCAACACUCCGACGCGUAUCUUACGAACACACUCUCUUCUCUCUUGCAUUAGACGGCGUUCAUCGGUUUAGCGGGUACGCAAAUCAUACAAAAAGCGUAUGGUAUUGUUGGCGUCAAUUGUUUCC